AUUUAUUAAUUAAAUAAUACUUCUACUAAUUUUACAGGAAUCUCAAAUAUUUUCAUUUAUUUAUUUUUAGUCCAUAAUCAGAUGAAAUCAAUUACAGAGAAUAAAUUACCACUAAGAAUCAUCAAGAAGAGCACGAUCUCGCUGUCAGUUUAGAUAUAUUAGCAAAAUUGUUAGACAAAACGGAAAAGAGGACUCAGGACAAAAACAAAAGUGCGUACUUUCAGAAGCGGCAGUAAAAUUUAGCUCGUUGGUUUUCAAAGUUGUUACCUUUAUGCAGAAUUUCUAAGGUUACUGACGAAAUUUAGAAGUAAAAAAGUUACGGUUUCUGAGAAUUGAAUUUACUGCCAGAGUUUGCUUAGCCUUUUCUUGGGCAAGCAGAAGGAUCAAGGAUUGUUUGCUGGUUAGAUUCUGAAAUAUAUUGGAAAGUCAGUGUAGAUACAAGAAGAUUGGGUUUUUAUGUGCAACAAUAUGUUCACUGAGUUGAUUUUUAUGUGUGGCAAGUUGACCAUGUUUUCUACCCUGAAUUGUUCUUGAAGGACAUGCAGUGUCUUAUGUUGACAGGAAACCUAGCUCUUUAAGGUGUUGGGUGAAAUUGUCAUGCUGAAUGUUGCUACCAGGUGGUGGGUUAGGGAUGGAUUCUACAAUGGAUGACAUGAACUUGAUUCAAGCACCAAGGCAUCUGGUCAGGGAUAUUGGUGAGGAGAUUGACUUGGAGAUUGGACCUGGAGAUGUUGACCCUUCAUUUGCCAACACUCCUCUCAUUGGUGUUCCACCACAAGAACCUUCUGUCGAAGAGCAGGAUGAAACAAAGCAGAUGCCGAUUGUCUCUCAACUCCCAAAUGAUGAUCAAUAUAGUUUGAAGGCACAACCUGCAAAAAGGAAGAAGAAGGUUGUGAAAAGAUGGAGAGAGGAAUGGGCUGAUACUUACAAGUGGGCGUAUGUUGAUGUGAAGGAAGGAACAGCAAGGAUAUUCUGCUCUGUUUGUAAAGAAUAUGGUAGAAAGCAUAGGAGGAAUCCUUAUGGGAAUGAAGGAAGCAGAAACAUGCAGAUGAGUGCAUUGGAAGAGCACAACAAUAGUUUACUUCACAGGGAGGCUCUUCGUCUCCAAAUGGCCUCGAAGGAUAAGAUUGUUGUUGAUAAACCCAUUUAUGUAAAAGCUCUUAUGUCCAAAACGGCUGGAUCAAUCAUUGAAGCUGCACUGAAAAGGGACCCCCAUGAGGCUGAGUUCAUACAAUCUGUACAAGAAGCUGUUCAUGCUUUAGAGAGAGUGAUUGCAAAAAAUUCACAUUAUGUCAACAUCAUGGAGCGCUUGUUAGAACCAGAGCGUAUGAUUAUUUUUCGAGUUCCAUGGGUGGAUGAUAGAGGGGAAACACAUGUCAAUCGAGGCUUCAGGGUACACUUUAACCAGGCACUGGGUCCAUGUAGGGGUGGUAUUCGGUUUCAUCCAAAAAUGAACAUAAGUAUUGCCAAAUUUCUUGGUUUUGAACAGACAUUAAAGAAUGCUUUAUCACCCUACAAACUAGGAGGGGCAGCAGGUGGAAGUGAUUUUGAUCCUAAAGGAAAAAGUGAUAAUGAGAUCAUGCGGUUUUGUCAAAGUUUCAUGAAUGAGACAUAUCGUUAUUUUGGUCCUGACAAGGACCUUCCAUCAGAGGAAAUGGGAGUUGGUAUUCGAGAAAUGGGAUUCCUCUUUGGACAAUAUAGACGUCUAGCUGGUAAUUUUCAGGGAAGUUUUACAGGGCCAAGGAUAUUUUGGUCAGGUUCUAGCCUUCGAACUGAAGCAACUGCUUAUGGGCUGGUUUUCUUCACCCAGCUUAUUCUUGCAGAGUUGAAUAAAGAUAUCAAAGGACUGAGAUGUGUUGUAAGUGGUUUUGGUAAGAUUGCAAUGCAUGUUCUGGAAAAGCUUGUUGCUGUUGGUGCUCUUCCCAUUACGGUAUCAGAUUCAAAGGGAUAUUUGAUUGAUGAGGAUGGAUUUGAUUAUAUGAAAAUAUCAUUUUUGAGGGAUCUCAAAGCUCAACAAAGAAGUUUGAGAGAUUAUUCAAAGACUUAUGCUCGAUCUAAGUACUACGAUGAAGCAAAACCUUGGAAUGAAAGGUGUGAUGUUGCAAUACCCUGUGGUUCUCAAAAUGAAAUUGACCAGGCUGAUGCCCUUAAUUUGGUUAAUUCAGGUUGUCGUAUACUUGUAGAAGGCUCAAAUAUGCCUUGCACUCCUGAAGCAGUUGAUGUAUUGAAGAAGGUCAAUGUUCUCAUUGCUCCUGCCAUGGCUGCUGGUGCUGGAGGGGUUGUUGCAGGAGAAAUUGAAUUAAACCAUGAGUGUAAUGUAAUGCAUUGGUCACCGGAGGAUUUUGAAUCUAAAUUACAGGAAGCGAUGAAACAGACAUUCCAUAGAGCCCUCAAAGCAGCAAAUGAUUUUGGUUAUCAGAAAGAAAGCCCUGAGGCUUUGCUACAUGGAGCAGUCAUCUCUGCUUUUCUGGCAAUUGCUCAAGCCAUGACUGAUCAAGGAUGUGUAUAAUUCUUUGUGUGUGCACCAACGCUGAUUCUUGUUUGUCAUUACCUAUGAUCUUUGGAGACUGCAAUCCAUUGCAGGAAACUGGAGCUCAUUGUCAACUUUUAUUAUGUUGGUUUUCAGAUCUCAUAUUUGAAGUCAACGCCGGGAAAAAUUAGAGAUCUCUUUGUAACAUACAUGUAAUGUACUAUUACUAUUGAAGAAUUGGAAAAGCAUGACUUGUUUAGAAUUUCAUUGAACUAGGAAUUUGGAGGAGCAAUAGGGUUGGAAUAGAAACAUUUAUUCUUGGCCUGCAAGACUUGCCUAUAAAUUUUAGCUCUCACUACUGUGAGUCUGUGACAUUGACAACAACAUUAAUUGGAAAUAAAAUAUAUUAUUUCUUUCUAAUAUUCAUUUCUUUUUUUUUUUUCCUUCUUCCUGAUGAUCAUUGAAGUUGUUUAAUCCCUCUUCUAAAUGAAGCACCCCUGAUCUCAGCAUUUAAGAAACUGCUACACUCUUUAAUGGUGUCUAAUGACUCCAUUGAGUAUACUAGUUUAAUGUUAUCAAGACAGGAAUAAAACUAUUGGGAUGCAAUCUAAAACUAAAAAUGUUAAUUCUAGGUAGGAACAAAAGUAUUGGAGACAACCUAAAAAAGGAGCCAAGCAGUUAUGUUAUGCCUCACUAUUUCUAUUUCAAGAAAUCCCAGAACUGCAUUUUUAAUCAUUGUGCUUUCGGUUUUAGUAAAAGUCUUCAUUAUUCUUACAGAACCUUAGUUCUUCA